CCAAGCAUAUAUUAUUUAAAGAAACAAGACGUUACAUUUGGAAUUAUGCUAAGCAGGAGUGUUAUGCUGUAUCAAAAUAUCUCUGUCACACUAUCUAUAAAAAAAAAAAUUCAUAGAAUAAAUAAAUAAACCUUCUUUCUCCUUUUACUCAUAAUGUCUCAACCUUAUUAUGGUCAACAACAAGGUGGUCAAUACUAUGGUCCACCACCGGGAAGUCAACCAGGUUAUUACCAGCCAGCUCCUCCCCCACAAACAAUCAUUGUUCAACAAGAAAGACCAAAGGAAAAUGAUCAUUCAUGCUGCUGGGGAUGUUUAAUAGCCAUGUGCGUUUGUUGUGCAUUAGAUGAAAUGUGUUAAAAUAUAGCAUAAAAGAUUUAUCUUUAUCAAUAAAUUCUUUAAUAUGAUU